GACAUGUUGCGCAAUAGAGGCUAUACACCACCAGGGCCGCAUUUGCCUGUUCUUUGUUUCUGAACUAGCACAUGUUUGCACGUUUUAGACCGGAAUAGUUUUCUUCAACCAGUAAACAGGUCCGGUUCUGGGAAAACCUUGAUCCCGCUGUACACCACACGUGACGUGGAGGACAUAGCAUCAGACCAGGGGCAGAGUUCGGCAGUACAUCAACAUGGCGGCUACCACAGCGGUUCUCGUCAUCGUGAUGGCUAGUUACCUGGCAACAGCCGAGGACAUAAAUGCGCGGUUCUGUGUAACCUCCGAACCAGCCAUGACUAAAUGUGCGGACAUGAAGAGUGCCUUUGCUGACGCUGGACUAGGCAAUAUCGGCUGUGUGAAGGCAGAUGACCGGUACCAGUGUAUGAAGAAGGUGAAGGACGGGCAGGCGGAGGUCAUGCGCGUCGACGACACAGAUAUAUACGCAGCUGGGAAAUAUUUUGGAUUGGUCCCGAUCCUCAAGGAAUCCCACAGUCUGAGUGCCAAUGAUGGGUUGUUUCUGUACAAGGCUGUGAUCGUCAUCCGCAAGGACAGCCGUAUCACGUCACUGGAGGGGCUGCGGCAGAGGAAGUCGUGUCACACGGGGGUGGGGCGGACGGUGGGGUGGACGGUGCCGGUAGCCAACCUGCAAGCAAAAAAGCUCAUCACAAUCCAAGACUGUGACAACACUGUCAAAAACGUGGCCAACUACUUCCGCGAGAGUUGCGCCCCAGGCGCGUUCGACACGAAAAAUAAUCUUUAUGGAGACAACCCUGACAAAGUGUGUAAGAUAUGCGGCAACCCUCGGUGCCCGUCUAACGACACCUUCAGUGGCUACACAGGCGCCGUACAGUGUCUAGUCCAGAACAGAGGCGAAGUAGCUUUCGCCAAACACUCCACCAUCGAUGAACUUGCUCGCGCGAGCACAAGUAUCAGGAAGGAUGAUUUCCGUCUUCUUUGUCCCGACGGUCGGGUUGUACUUGUUGACGAGUGGGAGUCCUGCUCCUGGGCAACGAGACCUACUGACGCCAUUGUGACGUCGCCAACGUUACCCCGGGCAACGACAGACAAACUACGGGACAUCUUUGAAAAUGGCGCCAGACGGUUUAAUGGAUCUGGAUCGUUCAAAAUGUUUACUUCUACCGGAGGAACUGACUUGUUGUUUACAGAUGGAACAAAGAGACUGCUGGGAGUAAGCGAAACUAACUACAAAGAUUAUUUAGGGGAUGGCUACCUGAACACGCUGGAGAACUACGUCAAGUGCAACUUCACCAACAGGUGGUGUGUUGUCUCUGACGCGGAAGCAAACAAAUGUUUACAAAUGAGUGCAGCGUUCGCCGCCGGGCGGAUCAGCAGCCAGCUGACGUGUGUGCGCGCCGAGUCACACAGAGAAUGUAUGGAGAAGAUUGAAGCGGGGGAUGCUGACCUCGUCACCUUGGAUGGAGGAGAUGUGUACACGGGCGGGAAAUACCACAAGCUGGUUCCACUGAUGGCGGAGAACUACGAGGGCACAAGUGAAGCGAGCUACUGGGCUGUAGCCGUCACCAAGAAGAGCAACACUGGGGUCAGCUUUACUAACCUGAAAGGGAAGACCUCCUGCCACACAGGCAUCGUGAAGACGUCGGGCUGGAAUAUUCCCAUAGGAACCUUGAUUGAGAAGGGGGCAAUAAAGUCUUCGUCCACACGGUGUGGCAUCAUUGAGGAGGUGGGGAAAUUCUUCUCCAAGAGUUGUGUCCCCGGGGCACUGGACACCAAAUACAACCCAACCGGAAACAACCCCAGUAAUCUCUGUGAACUGUGCGGGGGGAAACAGUUCUGUCAGAGAGACAGUUCCAACAAGUACUACAGCUACAAGGGGGCGUUUCGGUGCUUAGUUGAAAAAAAUGCUGACGUUGCUUUUGUAAAACACUCCACGGUCCAAAGUUACACGGAUGGUAAACUAAACGAGGACUGGGCGAAAACUCUUAACUCCGCGGACUUCGAGCUUCUUUGCCCUGACGGGUCUCGGGCGUCGGUGGAUAAAUGGAGGCAGUGCAACCUAGCUAAAGUUCCCUCUCACACUGUCGUCACAAGUGGCACGAAGACGGCGUCAGAACGACGUCACUACUCCACCAUAUUAAGGAAAGGUCAGCUCAAGUUUGGGAAGAACAGUGAUGUUUUUCAAAUGUUCGCGACAUAUGAAGGGAAGGACGCCAUCUUUGAUGACUCAACCACAUUCCUGUCUGUUGUACCGCAAGACAAGCAAGAAUACACCAUGUGGCUCGGUAAUGAGUACGUUGGGGCUACGGCUGCUUUGGACAAGACAGUGUGUACCAGCGGUGGGCGCGGACUUGAUAUAGUCCAUACCGUUAUGGCUGUGCUCGUGUUGGUUAACCUCAUGUAGUCCAUACCGUUAUGGCUGUGCUCGUGUUGGCUAACCUCAUGUAGUCCAUACCGUUAUGGCUGUGCUCGUGUUGGUUAACCUCAUGUAGUCCAUACCGUUAUGGCUGUGCUCGUGUUGGUUAACCUCAUGUAGUCCAUACCGUUAUGGCUGUGCUCGUGUUGGUUAACCUCAUGUAGUCCAUACCGGUAUGUCUGUGCUCGUGUUGGUUAACCUCAUAUAGUCCACACCGUUAUCGGCAUGUACCUAAUACCACAAGUCACAUGAGGCACUUCCUGAAACUAUUUUAUAACGGUUGGCUGUGUCAUAAUUAUACAAAUGACAAUACUGCGACCUUCGGAAAUAAAUCAUUUUGCUCGGUUUCAGAUAAUAAUAAUUUACUUGUGAACUCUUGGAGUAAAUGCUUUGUGUAAUACUGUAACACAUUUUAACCAUUUCUUACCAUGACAUGCAAAUAUCAACGAAAAGGGCAACCUUUUUAUCACAUUUGAUAAGUCAAUGUAAUCCAUACGUCGAGGCAAAGUCCAACCUUCGUUUUGAUAUGCGUUUGAGAUGCUGUUACAGCAAACGUUCUAUUCAAGACCUUUAAGACAUAAUAUAUAACCGUUAGGAAUUGAAUACCGCAAUGAAGAUGUUUUGUGACUUGUUGACAAAGGACGUCGGUCUAUUGUUUCAAUAAAUGCAUAUGCCCUAAAGAAUAAUCAGUUUUGUGUAUCAAAGUGUCACCUGUAUUGAUAAAACAUGAUCGAUCUUUAGAAAUCCCCAUCAAAUGAUAUGUUGUUAGUUUACCGAUAAGACAUCAAAAUGAUGAAUCAGAGCAGUCUGUCUGCCACUAUAAUAUUCUAUGGGUAUUGUAAACGCCUCUUGAACAGUAUUUCAUUUAUGUUACGGCGUGUCAGGUUAUGGGGGAACAUCACAAAGGGAAAUAAAUGGUGGACCUUUUUUUGUAUUUCGUGAUCCUCACCAGCACGGGUUUGUGCUGACCGACUAAGGAUUACCACCAGGACGAGUCUGUUUUUCGAACCCUAAUAUUGUAAACAAUCCUCAGCAGAAUAGCUUGUGAAUGUACUCGGUUGCGUAUUGUUUUUGUAGAUUCGGUGCGCUUGCAAUUGUUAUAUAUAUUUGACAAGUUUUGUAUAUGAUUGCCUAGUAUUGAAUAUACAGAAAUUUUAUCUCUACUGCUCAGAGAUAUGGGGCUUUCACCAGUCUCAGGAUGUCAUCAAUGUACAUGAUAGAUGCUGUAAGAAUAUUUUACAAUAUGGGAGAUUUGUCCCCAAUAUAGUUGAUCGUGGUGAGCUUGGACGUUAUUCUCCUAAAGUCAAUUGUCAAAUAUUAGCUCCGACUUGUUUCUCAAAAAACUAAUAUAAUCAUUAGCCAUGCUUAUUCAUAUCAAUACAAUCUGGCAGAAAAAGGAAUAAAUUGCUAGGCACUAAAAGUAAAACAACUUCUUUAUUCAUAUGGUUUUGGCCAUGUUUGGAAUAGUCAAGGAGUAAAUCAUAUUGGUUUUAUUGAUAACUUUAAAACAAGAUGUAUUGAUAUAGAUAACCAACAAUAGUCUAGCAGUUUAAGAACUUAAAAACUCAAAACUUUCUUUUUAUUCUUGUAUUAAGCAAUAUAAUGUAUUUGAAAUAUAUCUAGAUUGUAUUCCAGUAAGUGCCUAUCGUAUUGCUUUGAGUAAAUUUAGAUGUUAUGGUCAUACUUUACUAAUUGAAAAUGGAAGGAAGUACAACAUACCUAGAGCGUAGAGACUAUGUCCAUUUUGUGUAAGACCUGAAGUGGAAUCUGAAUAUCAUUUUAUCCAUAUUAUGACAGAGACGUAAUGGUCUACCUUAUUAUUUUUACACAAAUGUAUAUUUUGAUAAAUUUGUAACACUCUGUACAUCUAAAACCCCAUGCAUAAUUAAUGCUUUAGCUAAAUUUAUAUUUCUUGCUUUUAAAAAGCGUAAUAACUUUCUCAUUGACGCUGAAAUUGUCUACUUCUGAUAUCAUGUAUUGUAUAAUGGGCUGGUGGCCCCCUUACUGAAAUAAAGCUCUCUCUUUCUC